AAUAUCAUAAUAAAACCUGCAACUGCAUAAUAAAGAAAAGAAAAGAAAAACAAACCAAAACCUCAACGACACAGCACGAAAAUAAAAAAAAAAAAACAGAAAAUAAAAAGUUAAAAAAAAAUUCAACGAAAAACGCAAUAAAAUGUCGGAAGAAGUCGAUCGCAAUGACCCCGAGUUGAAAUAUCUCUCGGUGGAGCGCAAUCAAUUCAAUGAUCCGGCCACACAGGCCGAAUGGACACAGAAGCGUCUGGUUUGGGUUCCCCACGAGAAUCAGGGCUUCGUGGCCGCCAGUAUUAAGCGCGAACAUGGCGACGAGGUGGAGGUGGAAUUGGCCGAGACCGGCAAGCGUGUCAUGAUCCUACGCGAUGACAUACAGAAGAUGAAUCCGCCAAAGUUCGACAAAGUCGAGGAUAUGGCCGAGCUGACGUGCCUCAAUGAGGCAUCUGUGUUGCACAACAUCAAAGACAGAUAUUACUCUGGAUUGAUCUAUACAUAUUCCGGUCUCUUCUGCGUUGUGGUCAAUCCCUACAAGAAAUUGCCCAUCUAUACCGAAAAGAUAAUGGAACGGUAUAAGGGCAUAAAGCGACACGAAGUGCCUCCGCAUGUAUUUGCAAUAACGGACAGUGCCUAUAGAAACAUGUUGGGUGAUCGCGAAGACCAAUCGAUUUUGUGUACUGGCGAAUCGGGUGCUGGCAAAACGGAAAACACCAAGAAGGUCAUACAGUUUUUGGCCUAUGUGGCUGCCUCCAAGCCCAAGGGCUCUGGUGCGGUGCCGAAUCCUGCCGUGCUCAUUAGUAGUCAUCAAGAGACAUUUGCGGGUGAGCUGGAGCAACAGCUGCUGCAAGCCAAUCCCAUAUUGGAAGCCUUUGGUAAUGCCAAGACCGUCAAGAACGACAACUCAUCACGUUUCGGCAAAUUCAUCCGUAUUAACUUUGAUGCGUCUGGCUUCAUAUCGGGCGCCAACAUCGAGACGUAUCUGCUGGAGAAGUCGCGUGCCAUUCGUCAAGCGAAGGACGAACGAACAUUCCAUAUAUUCUAUCAGCUGCUUGCCGGCGCAUCGCCGGAGCAGCGUGAGAAAUUCAUACUCGAUGACAUCAAAUCGUAUCCAUUCCUCUCAAACGGCACUCUCCCGGUGCCCGGCGUCGAUGACUAUGCCGAAUUCCAGGCCACCGUCAAAUCGAUGAACAUUAUGGGCAUGACCUCUGAGGAUUUCAAUUCCAUCUUUCGCAUUGUCAGCGCCGUGCUGCUGUUUGGCAGCAUGAAAUUCCGUCAGGAGCGCAACAAUGAUCAGGCCACGUUGCCCGACAACACCGUGGCCCAAAAGAUUGCACAUCUGCUCGGCCUCAGUGUGACGGACAUGACACGUGCCUUCCUCACGCCACGCAUCAAGGUUGGCCGCGAUUUUGUGACCAAGGCACAGACCAAGGAGCAGGUUGAGUUUGCCGUCGAAGCCAUUGCGAAGGCGUGCUACGAACGCAUGUUCAAGUGGCUGGUGAAUCGCAUCAAUCGCUCUCUGGAUCGCACCAAGCGUCAGGGCGCCUCCUUCAUUGGCAUACUCGAUAUGGCAGGUUUCGAAAUCUUCGAACUCAACUCUUUCGAACAGUUGUGCAUCAACUACACGAACGAGAAGCUACAGCAGCUCUUCAAUCACACCAUGUUCAUCCUGGAGCAGGAGGAAUAUCAACGCGAGGGUAUCGAAUGGAAGUUUAUUGAUUUCGGCUUGGAUUUGCAGCCCACUAUCGAUCUGAUUGAUAAACCCGGCGGUAUUAUGGCGCUGCUCGAUGAGGAGUGUUGGUUCCCCAAGGCCACCGACAAGACAUUUGUCGAUAAGCUCGUCUCGGCGCAUUCAAUGCAUCCGAAAUUCAUGAAAACCGAUUUCCGUGGCGUCGCCGAUUUCGCGAUUGUGCAUUACGCUGGACGUGUGGAUUAUUCGGCGGCCAAGUGGCUGAUGAAGAACAUGGAUCCGUUGAAUGAGAACAUUGUGUCGCUGUUGCAGGCGUCGCAGGAUCCGUUUGUCGUGAACAUCUGGAAGGAUGCGGAAAUUGUCGGCAUGGCACAGCAGGCGCUAACCGAUACCCAGUUUGGGGCGCGCACGCGCAAGGGAAUGUUCCGCACCGUGUCGCAUCUGUACAAGGAGCAGCUGGCCAAAUUGAUGGACACGCUGCGGAAUACGAAUCCAAAUUUUGUGCGCUGUAUCAUACCGAAUCAUGAGAAGCGCGCUGGCAAGAUUGACGCGCCCCUCGUGCUCGAUCAGUUGCGUUGCAACGGCGUCCUCGAGGGUAUACGCAUCUGUCGCCAGGGCUUCCCCAAUCGCAUACCCUUCCAGGAGUUCAGACAGCGCUACGAGCUGCUCACCCCCAACGUCAUACCCAAGGGCUUCAUGGACGGCAAGAAGGCCUGCGAAAAGAUGAUCCAAGCCCUCGAACUCGACUCGAAUCUGUAUCGCGUCGGCCAGUCGAAGAUCUUCUUCCGUGCCGGAGUGUUGGCCCAUCUCGAGGAGGAGCGUGACUUUAAGAUUUCGGAUUUGAUUGUCAAUUUCCAGGCAUUCUGUCGCGGUUUCCUCGCUCGUCGCAACUACCAGAAGCGUCUGCAGCAAUUGAACGCCAUUCGCAUCAUUCAGCGGAAUUGCGCUGCGUACUUGAAGCUGCGCAACUGGCAGUGGUGGCGUCUGUACACCAAGGUGAAGCCUCUGCUCGAGGUCACCAAGCAGGAGGAGAAGCUCGUCCAGAAGGAGGAUGAGCUGAAGCAGGUGCGCGAGAAGCUCGACACGCUGGCCAAGAACACGCAGGAAUAUGAGCGCAAAUAUCAGCAGGCGCUGGUCGAGAAGACCACGCUCGCCGAGCAGCUCCAAGCCGAGAUUGAGCUGUGCGCCGAGGCCGAAGAGUCGCGUUCACGUCUCAUGGCCCGCAAACAGGAGCUGGAGGAUAUGAUGCAGGAGCUGGAGACCCGCAUCGAAGAGGAGGAAGAGCGUGUGCUUGCCUUGGGCGGUGAGAAGAAGAAACUGGAACUGCACAUUCAAGAUUUGGAGGAACAGCUCGAGGAGGAGGAAGCGGCUCGCCAGAAACUGCAGCUCGAAAAGGUGCAACUCGAUGCCAAGAUCAAGAAACACGAGGAAGAUCUGGCGCAAACCGAUGAUCAGAACCAGAAGCUGCUCAAGGAGAAAAAGCUGCUGGAAGAGCGUGCCAAUGAUCUGUCCCAAACCCUCGCCGAAGAGGAGGAGAAGGCCAAGCAUUUGGCUAAGCUGAAGGCUAAGCAUGAGGCAACCAUUGCUGAGUUGGAGGAACGCAUGCACAAGGAUCAACAACAGCGUCAGGAAUCAGAUCGCACCAAGCGCAAGAUUGAAACCGAGGUGGCGGAUCUCAAGGAGCAGCUGAACGAGCGUCGCGUCCAGGUGGAGGAGAUGCAAACGCAGCUGGCCAAGCGUGAAGAGGAGCUCACUCAAACCUUGAUGCGCAUCGACGAGGAGUCGGCCACGAAAGCCACCGCACAGAAGGCACAGCGUGAGCUGGAGUCGCAGCUGGCCGAGAUUCAAGAGGAUCUCGAGGCAGAGAAGGUGGCGCGCAGCAAGGCCGAGAAACUGCGACGCGAUCUCAGCGAGGAACUGGAAGCGUUGAAGAACGAGCUGCUCGACUCGCUGGACACCACAGCAGCCCAACAAGAGCUGCGCUCCAAGCGCGAACAGGAGCUGGCCAUGCUGAAGAAAUCUCUCGAGGAAGAGGGCGUCAAUCACGAAGGUGUUCUCGCUGAUAUGCGUCACAAGCAUGCCCAGGAGCUGAACGGCAUCAACGAUCAGCUGGAGAAUCUGCGCAAAGCCAAAUCCGUGCUGGAGAAGGCCAAGGGCACGCUCGAGGCCGAGAAUGCGGAUCUGGCCACCGAGUUGCGCAGCGUGAACAGCUCCCGUCAGGAGAACGAUCGCAGACGCAAGCAGGCUGAAUCUCAGAUAGCCGAGCUGCAAGUGAAACUCGCCGAGAUUGAGCGUGCACGCUCCGAGCUGCAAGAGAAAUGCACCAAGCUGCAACAGGAGGCGGAGAACAUUACCAAUCAGCUCGAGGAGGCCGAACUCAAGGCAUCAGCGGCUGUCAAGUCGGCAAGCAACAUGGAAUCGCAGCUGACGGAGGCGCAACAGUUGCUCGAAGAGGAAACCCGCCAGAAACUGGGACUCAGCUCGAAGCUGCGUCAAAUCGAAUCGGAGAAAGAAGCGCUGCAGGAACAGCUCGAGGAGGAUGAGGAGGCGAAGCGCAACUUUGAGCGCAAGCUGGCCGAGCUUACAACUCAAAUGCAGGAGAUUAAGAAGAAGGCCGAGGAGGAUGCCGAUCUGGCCAAGGAACUCGAAGAGGGCAAGAAGCGACUCAACAAGGAUAUCGAGGCGCUGGAGCGACAGGUCAAGGAGCUGAUGGCGCAAAACGAUCGCCUGGACAAGAGCAAAAAGAAGAUCCAAUCGGAGCUGGAGGAUGCGACCAUUGAGCUGGAAGCACAGCGCACCAAGGUGCUCGAACUAGAAAAGAAGCAGAAGAACUUCGACAAGAUUCUCGCCGAGGAGAAAGCCAUAUCCGAGCAGAUCGCCCAGGAGCGCGACACCGCCGAGCGUGAGGCACGCGAAAAGGAAACCAAGGUGCUCUCGGUCUCCCGUGAACUGGAUGAGGCCUACGACAAAAUUGAGGAUCUCGAAACGAAGCGCAAGCAACUGCAAAACGAACUCGACGAUCUGGCCAACAGCCAAGGCACCGCCGACAAGAAUGUCCAUGAGCUCGAAAAGGCGAAACGCGCCCUCGAAUCACAGCUGGCCGAGCUGAAAGCACAAAACGAGGAGCUCGAGGAUGAUCUGCAGCUGACCGAAGAUGCCAAAUUGCGACUGGAGGUCAACAUGCAGGCGCUCCGCUCCCAAUUCGAACGUGACCUGCAGGCCAAGGAGGAGGGCGCCGAGGAGAAGCGACGCGGUCUCGUCAAGCAGCUGCGCGAUCUGGAAGCCGAACUCGACGAGGAGCGCAAGCAGAGGACUGCAGCGGUUGCAGCCAAGAAGAAACUCGAAGGUGAUCUCAAGGAGAUUGAAACCACAAUGGAGAUGCAUAACAAGGUGAAAGAGGAUGCGCUGAAGCAUGCGAAGAAACUGCAAGCACAAGUCAAGGAUGCGUUGCGCGACGCCGAGGAGGCCAAGGCCGCCAAGGAGGAGUUGCAGGCGCAGAGCAAAGAGGCCGAUCGCAAGGUCAAGGCCCUGGAGGCGGAAGUAUUACAGCUGACCGAGGACUUGGCCAGCUCCGAGCGUGCUCGCCGCUUGGCGGAAACGGAUCGCGAUGAACUCGCCGAGGAGAUUGCCAACAAUGCCAGCAAGGGUUCGUUGAUGAUCGACGAGAAGCGUCGCCUGGAGGCGCGCAUUGCCACACUCGAGGAGGAACUGGAGGAGGAACAAUCGAAUUCCGAAGUGCUGCUAGAUCGCAGUCGCAAGGCGCAGCUGCAAAUCGAACAGUUGACCACAGAGUUGGCCAACGAAAAGUCCAAUUCGCAAAAGAACGAGAAUGCGCGUGCGCUGCUCGAGCGACAGAACAAGGAGCUGAAGGCGAAACUCGCUGAAAUUGAGACGGCGCAACGCACCAAGGUGAAGGCAACGAUUGCCACGCUCGAGGCGAAGAUUGUCAAUCUGGAGGAGCAGCUGGAGAACGAGGGCAAGGAGCGACUGUUGCAGCAGAAGGCCAAUCGUAAGAUGGACAAGAAGAUCAAGGAGCUCACCAUGAACAUUGAAGAUGAGCGACGACAUGUCGAUCAGCAUAAGGAGCAAAUGGAUAAACUGAAUAGCCGCAUUAAGCUGCUCAAGCGCAAUCUGGAUGAAACCGAGGAGGAGCUGCAAAAGGAGAAGACUCAAAAGCGCAAAUAUCAACGCGAAUGCGAAGAUAUGAUCGAAUCGCAGGAGGCCAUGAACCGUGAGAUUAACUCACUCAAAACGAAAUUGCGACGCACCGGCGGCAUGGGCCUCAGCUCCUCCAGACUCACUGGCACACCAUCGGCCAAGCGCGGAGGCGGCGGUGGCGGCGGCGACGACAGCUCAUCGGUGCAGGAUGAAUCAUUAGAUGGCGAAGAUUCUGGCAAUUGACGCGUUAAUUAUUAAAGCAACCAACAACAACAAAAAGGAUGAAAAACCAGCAACAACAAAAAAAAACAAGAAAAUAAACGAUUAUAUUUUAAUGUUUCUUUUAUAUAAUUUCUCUGUUAUUUUUUAUAUAAACUAUUAUACUUAAUUAAAAACUUAAAAACAAAACGCAAAACAAAAUAAUAAUUAUACAUACAUAAAAACAAAACUACAACCAAUACGCGUAUUAACUUUUCCAACUCAAAUUCAAUUUCCCUCCCUCCACAACAAACAUCAAACCAAUCAUGCAAUAUACAAACACAAUCGAUUCUCGAAUCGAAGUACAUUAAUAAAUACAUGCAUUUAAUAACUAAAAGGUUUAUAAAACAAUCAAAUGUUGAACAAACAACUAAUAUACGAAUUUCGUUUUGUUUAGAAACAAUAAAUAUUUGCUAUAACAAAUUUCA